UCCGCAGACACUGAGGAUGGGGUCAUGUCGCCCCGAAGCCUCCUCUUGCUGCUCUCGGGAGCCCUAGCCCUGACCGACACCUGGGCGAGCUCCCACUCCUUGAGGUAUUUCCACACCUCCGUGUCCCGGCCCGGCCGCGGGGAGCCUCACUUCAUCUCCGUGGGAUACGUGGACGACACGCAGUUCGUACGGUUCGACAGCGACGCCGCGAUUCCCAGGAUGGAGCCGCGGGCGCCGUGGAUGGAGCAGCAGGGACAGGAGUAUUGGGACCGGGAGACACGGAGCGCCAGGGACACCGCACAGAGUUUCCGAGUGAACCUGCGGACCCUGCUCCGCUACUACAACCAGAGCGAGGCCGGGUCUCACACCCUCCAGUGGCUGCAUGGCUGCGACUUGGGGCCAGACGGGCGCUUCCUCCGCGGGUAUGAACAGUUCGCCUACGAUGGCAAGGAUUACCUCACCUUGAACGAGGACCUGCGCUCCUGGACCGCAGCGGACACCGCGGCUCAGAUCUCCCAGCGCAAGUCAGAGGAGGCCUGUGAGGCGGAGCACCAAAGGGCCUACCUGGAGGACACGUGCGUGGAGUGGCUCCGCAGAUACCUGGAGAACGGGAAGGAGACGCUGCAGCGUGCGGAACCCCCAAAGACACAUGUGACCCACCACCCUGUCUCUGACCAUGAGGCCACCCUGAGAUGCUGGGCCCUGGGUUUCUACCCUGCGGAGAUCACACUGACCUGGCAGUGGGAUGGGGAGGACCAGACCCAGGACAUGGAGCUUGUGGAGACCAGGCCAGCAGGGGAUGGAACCUUCCAGAAGUGGGCGGCUGUGGUGGUGCCUUCUGGAGAGGAGCAAAGAUACACCUGCCAUGUGCAGCAUGAGGGGCUGCGAGAGCCCCUCACCCUGAGAUGGGAGCCAUCUUCCCAGCCCACCAUCCCCAUCGUGGGCAUCGUUGUUGGCCUGGCUGUCCUUGGAGCUGUGGUCACUGGAGCUGUGGUUGCUGCUGUGAUGCAGAAAAAGAAGAGCUUAGGUGGAAAAGGAGGGAGCUACUUUCAGGCUGCGUGCAACGACAGUGCCCAGGGCUCUGAUGUGUCUCUCACAGGUUGUAAAGUCUGAGACAGCCACCUUGUGAGAGACAAAGAUUGAGGAUUCCUCCAUGCCUCGCUUUAUGAGCUCAGGAGACUCUGCCUUCUUUUUCUGCAAAGGCAUCCUGUUAGCAUAAUAGGAGGAUGUGGAGACACAGCCCAUCCCAGUGUCCACUAUGACCCCUUCCUCACACCGACAUGUGUUGCUUCCACAUGAUUGAUACCAAGUGGAAAUGUGAGGUGCAGCUGCCACAGAGAGCCCCCACCAGGGAAAUGUCUAGUGUAGCCAUGGAAGCCAGUCCACUGGAGAGUGCCUUGUGGAGUGGUGGGAGCAGGACCCCAGAACUGUGGAGUCAGUAGCAACAUGCAGUGCCCACUUGGGAAAGCUUCAGGCUCCAGCCUCCAACCCACAUGAGCAGCCACAUGGGCUGCCCCCAGCUAAGCCACAGGCGCAGGGCUACCUGAGGCCUUGGGGGCCCAAUCCCUGCUCCAGUGUGUCCAUGAGGCAGCAGAGUCACAGGAGAUUAUUCUUCUCUUCCCGCAGAUAAUCUUUUCUCUCCCAUGGCACUUUACCAGCAUCUUCAUUUCCCUCACCCUCCCAAGAUAAGCUGAAGCAAGCUUGGAAGUAAAAUUAAAUUUGUAAUCAA